UAUUGUCUUUUCCUGAGAUGAUGAAACAAGUCUGCUUAUCUUUUUCAUUGUCUUUACCUCAGCCCAACUGACUUGUUUCAAGUUGGCUUUGUUUGCUGUUUGCCCUGGCAUGGCUCCAGUUGUUGUGACAUCACAAAAGUUACCUCUUUGCUCAGUAGCAAUGACCAAACUUUGGGGAGGGGGCGGUGAAGGGGGAAGUACAGAAAACAAAUCAUGAACUCAGGAGGGCGACUAUCCGUCAGAGCUGGAAAGGUGCUCAGGGAGCUGGACAGAGUCCAGCCUUGAGACUGGAACAGGUUAGACCAUUGUUUAGACACAAGAAGUUGCUUGAUCCUGACAACUUGAGUACAGAAGCAAAGAAAAGACUGUUGCUUUUGAAUGUAAAGAAGCAAACUUUUAGCUGUUUGCUUGAAAGACCAUCCUGUUGGGAAUUACCAGAAAUCUAGCCACAGCUUUCUUAAUCUAAGCUUGGUUCAAUACUCAGAGGAGACGUGAAAAAUUGUCUCCUCAAUGGAGGAUGACAGUGACCCUGAGCAGAGCUCCUGGGCUGAUCUACCUGAUGUCUGUCUGAGACAUGUCUUCCACUGGUUAGAUGACAAGGAUAGAUCUCGGGCUGCCUUGGUCUGUAAAAAAUGGAGUCAGGCCAUGUACUCAGGAUCCCUCUGGAGAACCAGAACCAUCACAUUCAGUGGUCAGCCAUCAAGGGCACACAUGUUUGAAUUUAAAACUGCACUGUGGUAUGUCAAGAAAUUUGGCAAGUAUUUGGAGCACCUUGAAAUCAAGUUACUGUAUCCUUACAAUACUGUCAUUACUCGAAAAUUUCAAGCAACUAUGAGAGGUCUUCUUUCACACUUGGGUAAAUGUAACAGUCGCCUCAUAUCCUUGAGCAUCAAGAACCUGGAAUUAGACCGCUUGGUCUGGAAAAACGUGGUCAGGGCUCAGUUUAUCAAGAACUUAGGUACCUUCCUGAAAAGAAUGAGCAAACAGCUUGAUUAUCUCAACUUAAAAGGAGCAAGAGUAACCUUGGAAGAAGGCUGUGGGCUUCUGAAUUCUCUGAGCUGCUUGACUAAUAAAAGCUUUAUAUCAGAAAUCAAUAUCGAGGAUUUCUUCAGUCUUCACCUUCCUGUCUACAGCAGCACCUUGUUCCACCAAACCAUGUCCAAGUUCCACAGCCUGGUUAUCCUGACUUUCAAUUAUAAUUGCAUCUCUGAUGAACUGCUGGACAUCCUGCGGGAGCACAGCGCUCAUUCCCUGUGCACCUUGAAUAUCAAAUGUCAUAUCCAUGACCCUCAUGGGCAAGUGGUCUGCGGAAUGUCAUGGGCCAACUUGGCCAAGAGAGCCCCAAAACUGAACGUCAACUUCUUCUUUGAAAGAGUUAUGAACCAUGAUCACCUAGCCAGGAUCCUGCUAGUGGAAAUCCCAGUCAGGAGCAUCAGUUUACGGAGCUGCUAUUUCAGUGAUCCAGACUGGAUGAUGAGACCUACCCUCACCAACCUCCUCCCAGCCUACUGGCAUGUGCUGCAGAAAUUAACACUUGAAGUAAACAAUGACCAUGAGGUGCUGGAUGAUGAGCUGCUACAGCUCAUCUUAUCAUGCAGGAGGUUGUUUUUUCUGAAAGUCUGGGCAUUUCUUAGUGUCACCUUUAUGGAGAGGCUGCUACAUAAUCGUGCAGAAAGGAAAUGCUUUUUGACUACCAUAAAGGUCAGGAUUUACACAGCCCGACAAGAGACCAAUGAGGAGGAUCGGCUGUUGCGUGAUAUUUACAAGAAGUUCAAAAACCUGAUUGACUCAGAGCUUAAUUAUUUUGUCAUCACCUACCCAAUGGUGUAAGCCACAGGGAGACCCAGAAAAACACCAGUUACAUCUACAAAUGAUGAAUGAAUCCUUUAGAUGGCAUUAGUAAGGGAUUCAAAUCUUGCCAGCGCUGCCUCCAAAAGGGAAAUACCAUUACAGCAAGAGACAGGCAAGGGACAAUUUUACUAUCCCCUGGAUUAAAAUGUUGGAUUUGGGAACUGGCCUCCUGUGUCUCCAGCAUCAUUUAUUCUUGUCAUUUCUUUGCUUUCCCUCACCAGAACCAGAGGAAGCAACGAGCCCUUUCCCAGCCUUUACAUGCACCUCCAGUAAAAACUAGCCCCUCCACUUUACUCAGCAAUUCCCAUUGUAGACUUUCAAACACAUCACAACUGAAGCCCCCCUGAUUGUUUCCGUUUUACAAAUAGGGAAACUGAGAUAUGGGGUGAGGAAGUGAUUAACCCCAAAUUAACCUUGGCUUGAUCUUGACUCAGUUGCAGUCAGAUACCCCAUCCAAUGUAUCACCAGUCCCUAGUUCCUGUUGAGUUUAAUAUACACCCUGUGUCCAGUUCUUAACAGCAGAUGUUAAGAAAAAAAAUUUACCUUGGCUAGUCCUACCCAUGGUACUCCCACCCACUCCUCCCACUUGCCUAUCUUUCCAGCAAGUGCCUUAUGUGG